AUUAAUGAAGGUGACAUUGUAAAACGUACAGGGACUAUUGUAGAUGUUCCGGUAGGGAAAGGCACUUUAGGUCGAGUAGUUGAUGCUUUAGGAAAUCCUAUUGACGGUAAAGGUCCUUUAAAGGAUGUAGCGUAUCAUGAAUUGUUGUCCUGUGGCUCACCCGCCUUGCCCCAGGCCCGCCGCCAGAGUUGCCGACAGUGCUAG